AGAAAGUCUAAGCUUAGGGCAUGCACUGCCUGCAUUCAGUCUGAUCGUGUCGGUGAGCCCGCAAAGACGCGCAGAUCUGUACGUCUCUACUCCAUCCCGCGAAAGAGGCUUUUUUCGCGAACUCUUGAGAGCGUUCGUGACCGGGGGUUGGGAGUUCCGCUGCUGUCCGCCCAUUCUUGCAACAACAACAGCAAUAAUAAAAAAAAAAUAUGGCAAGUGGUUCGGUUGCAUUGCUGUGCAUCGUGGGAAUCUCAUUAAUGCAUGAUGUGACCUCUGAGGUCACAACAGGGCGUCACAACAACAAUUCCUACGCGCUCAAACUCACGCUCAUCAAUUCAAGUGGCUUCAACCGUACGCCAUGGUGGCAGCAACCGCCACCAUCAGCUUCUUCGUCACCUGUCACAACCCAAAGUUCAUUCAUGUGGACCACAAUGCAGGAUGCAACCACAACAGCCCCACCGGCAACAACGAGCCACCAGCGGAGCCAUCGGCACCACAGGGGACAUUCUGGCCGCCAUGUUUGUCCGGAGCGAACAACGGUGCAUGUUCCUAUAAAAACGAAAGAGCUCUUCAAUAAGCCAACAUGGAGGCAAUUCUCAGAGCCCUGCCUAGACCAAAAUCUCUGUACUGGCGUCCGAAUGGUGCACGAACCAACCUACAGGGAUGUUAUACGACAUCACAGCACACACAGGAUACUCUACAACUGCUGCCCUGGAUGGGAAAGGAUCCAUGCAAAUAGCAGUGGUUGCAAUAAGCCUGUUUGCAAAAUGGAGUGCAAAAAUGGCGGGAAGUGCGUCAAACCUGACACCUGUAGCUGCAGGACAGGCUUCACGGGGACAUCCUGCGAACUUGACAUCAAUGAAUGCAAAGAAGAGAAGCCAUGUGAUCAAAUGUGCUACAACACCGAAGGUUCCUACUACUGCACCUGUCGCGAAGGCUUUUCCCUGCAACCUGAUCGACAGAGCUGCAAGAAAUUAGAUGAUGCAGAAUCAGCCCUUGAGGCACGUGAAAUGGACGUAAAUGAUGUGGAUUAUGACGAAAUAAAUUCACGACUAACCAAAUUGGAGAAACAAACAUCCCAAACGGAACUCCUUGAGAGGAAAUUACGUCAAAAUCUAGAUAAAAUGGAAGCAAUGAAGACACGCUUGGAAAUCCUCGAACGGCGACAGUAUGAGAUCUCCUAUUUUAGGGAAAAACUCAAAUCGUACGAACUUCAAUCGAAGAAAAUUGAAAAUUUAAUUAAUUUGUGGUAUAAAUGCCAAAAGAAUCCCCAUUUAUACUGUCCAACGUUGUGAGGGAAGAUAAAGGAUUCUUUUUUUCUUUAGUGUGGCCAUAAUAGCAUUUAUGGAGAUCUCAGGAGAGGAUAAAAUGCAUUCAGUUUUUUUUUUAAAGAAAAUUCUUGGAGAAUGUGCAGAAUACUCAACCAACUGUUGCCAGGCUAGUGUGUUAGAAAUAUUGUAGUUUUAUAUUAAAUUGCAUUUAUUUAAUUAUUUUGUAAUUUUAAAAAGUAAAUUUCGUCUGUAUUUUAAA